GUUUGGUGGCAGAUGUAAUAGUGUACAACAAAUUCCCAAUUUAUCAAGUCAGGAAUGAGGGAUAUCUGAAGAAUAGGCCAAGCAGUCUCCUCGUUUUCGGCACAGAGAGACCGCCUGACCUGGAACAAGUGCUGUUUAGAAGAGACCCGGACACAGGACUAGGCACUUCUCUACCGGACCAGAGUGUGGUGCGGAUGGUGGCUCCCUUCUCCACGUCGAGCGAGUACUCCAAAGUGGCCCUGUUCCUCCCGGUGGCUGACGGUCAGUGCACCAACACUGGCUCAUACACUGUCACCCUCAGACAGCAGAAGGUGGAGGUCACUGCACUCAAAAUGCCAGACCAAGCCCCCCUGAAGCCGGUGGAGUUCACUCGGAGGGUGUUUGUGGGGGAGAGUGUGAGUGUGGAGAUCCGAGUAGACACCCAGUACUACAACUACACAGCCCCCAUCUACUGGAGACACAACGGGAAAUCUUUGCCAUGGUGGAACUCGCAGCAGCAGCGCAUCCACAGUGUGUUGCUAUCAGACGGCGGUGUGUAUGAGUUCUACCAAUCAGAGGCUGACAGGACCCAAGGCAGGGUGGGACUUCUCAGACUCAUUGUGUCUGGGAAAUCUUUGCCAUGGUGGAACUCGCAGCAGCAGCGCAUCCACAGUGUGUUGCUAUCAGACGGCGGUGUGUAUGAGUUCUACCAAUCAGAGGCUGACAGGACCCAAGGCAGGGUGGGACUUCUCAGACUCAUUGUGUCUGAGUGUGAGCCCCUGAUCUGGGGUCGUGCAUGUUCCGAGCACUGUCCAAUCUGUCACAAUGGGGGAGUAUGUGACCAACUUAUGGGAGAGUGUAUUUGUCCUCCGGGAUUCAAGGGCAAAUACUGCGAACAUGCUUGCGAGGAGUCCUGGUUCGACGCCGGCUGCACCUCGCGAUGUGGGGCUCCUGAUGAGUUCGGAGGCAGGUCCUGCAGCUCCUACCUGUUCUGUAUGCAGGACCCGUUCGGGUGCUCCUGUGCCAGUGGGUUCCACGGGAUACACUGCAACGACGAAUGUGAGAAUGGCCUCUUUGGGGCUGGGUGCACUCUAAAGUGUCAUUGUGCAGGGGGGAAGCAGUGCAAUCGCGUCACAGGUCACUGCGAGGAAGGCUGUGCACUCGGUUACAGUGGUGACUCAUGCCAGACGAACGACAACACUGCGGAGCUGCUCGCCUUUUACAACCGGAGAACGAACCCAGGCCAAGACACCGAGUUCGUGUGUGCCCUGCAGAUGUCAAAACGACCCCUGAUAACCGACUGUAAACUGCAGGCCCCGGAUGGUACUAUCCGGAACGCCUCCGGCACCAGCUUCCUCGGCCGAAACUACCCCUACAAGUGGUCUUUUCUCAUACCCGAUACACAACUGGGGUCAUACAAUUGCAUAUUUAGAGACAAAUUAAUGACUUCAGCUGAAAUUAGAUUCUAUGCGCUUCCCAGAUUGAAAGAUGCGCCUGAAGCGUUUGAAGUGGGAAGUUCACACGUGAUCAUAAAAUGGAAUUCAUGGACACGAUUCUAUGACUACGGAGAUGGACCCAUAAAAGGGUACAAAUUAUGGGCAGCACAGAAUCGCCAUCAGGCACCCAGACAAUUGGGAAUUGUAACACACGUGGAGGGUAAACAGUUCUACAAGUUAAAUGCGACUGGACUGCGGUCACAUACCAACUAUACGUUCUACCUGCAGACAAUUCGGGAGGGCAGGGAAGGCACGGGACAGCCGGGAAAUCGACUCCGAGUUGAGACCAAAUGUGACGCCGCGAAGUUGUCGUCUGAACGGGUGGAGGUUGUGGCCACUCAAUCCAACCGGAUUGUGUUGCGGUGGAAAAGUACGCCUUGUGGGGACCCGGAGAGCACUCUGGCCAAGUACCAGUACGAGUUCGCAUCCUCGCCCGACUUCAAACACGAACUCAGACGGGGUUUUGAGGACGGUGAGACGCACGUUGAAGACCAGUUGGAUGCCUACACACAGUACUACUUCCGGGUCAGACCCAUCCUGUUGAGUGGGGUCAAGGGUCAGUGGAGUCAAGUGGUCAACACCCACACAAGCCAAGCAAGAGCUUCGGCACCUCUCGACUUCCAAAUUAUCUGCUCGGAUUCAAACUCUAUCACAGUCGGCUGGAAACCACCACUGAGUCCGAGAGGAAGAGUCGACCAGUACGAGAUCAAGUACGACAAAUCUUACGACUCACUAAAUUCGGUGAACAUCUACCGUAACAACAUGUAUAGUCUAGACCUCCCGGAUGUUCCUGAGUCAUCAGCGAGAUACGCGACACAACUAGUCGACAGGACAAACUCGCAAAGAUUUGAAAUGAAAAUUGACAAAUUGGAACCGAACUCAACUUAUUACUUUAGGGUUCGAGCUAAGAAUGGAUUCGGAGAGGGUGAAUGGUCACACGACGCAGUUGGGAAGAGUGAAUUCUCCGUGUGUCUGAGUAGCUCUGCCCUUAGUGGUCGUGGGGCACUGGAUUCCGUCUCCUCGACUGCCAAUGUAGCCGUCAUUUGUGCUAUAUUUGUGGGUGUCGUCCUCACCAUCACCAUUAUCAUAGCCGCUGCCAUCGGAUACUUCGGCAUCAACUGUUCGGUUGGUGGGGAAAAAGAAAGAGACAAAGAUUCGCGCACAAGUGUGCCCUACAAGAUAGCAACUUUGGCCAGACACGGAGGAUCCACAUUAAACCAAAAUCAGAUCGAAAUGAUCGAGCAAACAUAUCUCUCCAAUCCAGACUGUGGCCUGCGGCUGUCCAACUAUCACCAAGAGACAGACUCGCUCAUCAACGAGGCCAUAGGCAAUCAUUCUAGAACAUUCUCUGGAGGAACCCUUUCCUUACCAAGAGGAUCCACAGGGUCUACAAACGGGUUUGCAAGCAUGCGGGUUCAUCAUUCACCUGGAAAAAUUACUCGCAUCCCUGUUGGACCCGGAAGCCUGGAUCAACCGGACUUCUUCGAACGUCGCGCUCCCGACGGAAACGAAAACAACCCGAUUGAAUUUGGGUUGUUGAGUCGCCGUCGCGAAGAAAAGAAGCUGAUGUUUUCAGACCAAGUGUCCGUCAGAGGUCGAGGCAGAUCGGGAUCUCAACACGAUGACUCACAUCACUCGUCAAUCAAGAGCGAACUUAACCGAGGAGGGCUGUGUGUAGCAGGCGGAAGUGGAGGAGGGGGAGGGGGAGUGACCGUUCCUCGGUCACCCACCGGAAGUAUGCAAGGUAUCAUGGUAGACUUCUCCAGUCGCCCCUCAUCCGUAUCUCCUCCUCGGCUCUCGAGGCAAAACACCCUCCAGGCCCAAGUCACCAGUGACUCAUCAUGUUUAGUAGUGACCCCGACUGACACGCACCCCCCGCCCUUUCCCAAUCAACACGGGUUGAACUUCAAGCACGCACCAUACAAUCCAAACACUAUUAGAGCCAUGGAGAAAAAGAUGUCCCUGGACUCGCAAAGUUUCUACAAGUUAAAAUAAAAGCAUUUACUCAAAUAUGAAAUAAGCAUGAUUAACUGUUAGUUUCGAACCAAGACCGGAAGUGUCGCAAUCCUGCCGUCUCUACGCUGAGAGAUCUACAGGAGAACUUGAGAUUACUUUUACACGUCGUGCAAAAGAUCAAUUUAGGGUCAUGUAGAAAGAAUGAAACAACAAUCAGUCUUAAUGAAUAAUUCAAGUAUUAAAAAAAUUUUCCCAAUCAAGUUGUCAAGCGAUAUUUUGAGAAAACUAAAUGCACACUGAAAAAUAUAUAAAAAACAACAAUUGCAAGGCGAAAUACAAAAUGUAAAAAUGAUUUGCAAAUGGCAAUUACAUCAAACUUACGUUAUAAUGCUCAAAUUUUUUUUGUACUCACACUUGUUGGUAGUUUGAAAUGUUAAUUAGAUCACUGUUUUUAAUUUUUGCUAAAUUAAUUCAAAACUGGAGCUAUUCAACCUUAUCAACCAUGUUUGCCCUUUUUGUAUUUCAAUUUUCGUACUGAUGUAUUUAGCCGCAGAGAUGAAUCAUAUUUCAAAUAAAACAUUCA